CGAUCGACAAUCCACCGCUCAUGACAAGAGUAAUCAGACAAGCCUUUUACUACCCCUACCAAGACCUCCUCGCCGGCCAGAAAAUACUCUGCUCACAGCCUCAGCUCGUCAAUGUAACCUUGAUACAACCAGGCGCUUUGAUAGAGGAAGCAGCAUCUGGUUACGACAUCAGUAUCGAUAAAGUGGGUGUGGGCAUCAGUUAUACCGAUCUAUCAGCUGCAAUGGUGGAAAUCGCGAUGGAAGGGAGAUUUGCAGAUAUUCCUGCUGUUGUGGUGACGAGUAAAGCUGGAUACGAUUUUGGAAGGUAUGCAGGAGUGAUAUUGCCGAAAGUUGUCAAGGGAUUGGCUGCGUCAUUUUUGCCUGGAUUUUGGAUGGUGAAUGAUUUGACGGCUAGAUUUUGGUCGUAGAUGCGCGGCGGAAAGAGCGAUUCGGCUUUUGAUGUGUAAUUGUUGAUGCAGUAUUUUUCUACGUAGAUUUUUUCAUUUGCUUGCACAAAGACAUGAUAGCUCC